UAUUAGUAAUUAGUUGAAUUAUUAAUAACAAGACAGAAAAGUAACAUAAUACAAAAAAACCGGCCAAGUUCGAAUCAGACUCGCACACGAAAGGUUUCGUAUCAGAAACGUGCAAAAAAAGAAGCGACAAUCACGUUUUUUGUGUGGGAGCCCCAUUCAAUAUUUAUAUAAUUCUAGAUUUUAGUAUUUGUUGUUGUAGCGGCAACAGAAAUACACAAUAUCUGAAAAUUUCAACUGUCUUUUUAUCACGGUUCAUGACAUACAGCCUGGUGACAGACAGACGGAUGGACGGGUGGACGGAUGGACGGAUGGACGGAUGGACGGAUGGACGGAUGGACGGAUGGACGGAUGAACGGACAGUGAAGUCUCAGUAAUAGGUCCCGUUUUCACCUUUUGGGUACGGAACCCUAAAAAGAUGUAGUAGGUUAGCGAUGGUACAUUAUAUGGUUUGUUUGUAUGAUAUUUCAACCUAUUAGCGCCAAUCACAAUCAUUGAGCGCAGCGCACGUCUGCUGCACCGUACCAUAAGUAGUACGCACGGGUAUAGUAAUAUGGCGCUGCGCUAGAAAUUUACCGAUAAAUUAAUUAAGUUAACCGCGGCGUAUCAUUGCCUCCCGCCGCCGCUGCUAGGUUUGGUUGAUAAAAACAAUUGAAUAACAUCGAUCAUGUAAUCGAGUUUUAUCGACUAAGAUGAACAAUCGACUAAUUCGAUUUUUAUAAGUAAUAAUCGCUUAUCGCUGUCAGUUUCUUACUGCGGGCUGUGUUAACAAUGAUUUUUAAUCAUAUAUAUGAGAAUAUAAGGGUUAAAAUAGAUUGGAGCAAUUUGAUAGUUUUGGUUAUGCUAAGGUUAAAAGUUUGUUUACCUGCCGUUUACUACCAAAAAAGAUAUGGAUUGUGCCUAACAGAAUUGAAUCACUUUAAAUAAAGUUAAUAAAAUAUUUACGUUUAAAAUAUUUCUUUACUGACUGUCUAACUAUGACAAAGCAGUUGCCAAUAGACUUGUUUUUUAAAUCGACAAGCUCUCCUUUUUCAUCUAAGUCUAUCAUGUUCAAUGAAAAAAACAAAGUGGUAAAAAAACGCACCUUAAGUUUAAAGAAAACACCUAGUAAAUCACAGAAAAUCAGCAGUGAAUAUGAAAUAAUAGAUUUGUGUAGUGACAGUGAAGACUUUAGCAGUAGUUUUGAAAUAAGUGGAACCCUAGUAGAAGAUUGUAAUAACGCUUCUGAUUCAUCACAAGCUACCGUGAUUUAUUCACCAACACCUGUAACUUCUCCUACUAAAAGCUUAACACCUAAUACAUCAAAUUGCCUAACUACAACUCAAACACUCCUAAAAGUAAGAAGUCCUUGUUCCAUAAACAAAUAUUAUUCACCAAGUAAGAAAAGAGCAGUGUUGCAGAAAAGCCCUGUGAGAAAAGAACUAUUCAAAACUAAACCAAAAUUUAAUGUGUCUUCAUCUGAAAAUAUUAAUUUUCUUAAAAAUGUAUGUGAAGGUUUAGAUGACAAAAGUAAGUAGGCACUUUCAACUUUUCUAAUGAGUUUAUUUUUUAAAUGCCUUACUAAUUUAUUCUAUGCAUUUACAGCAAUAUUUUUAAUUAAAAUCAUUUAUAAGUAUCUUGAAGAUAAGUCUGUAAAAUGUUUGCUGAAUGAAGAGUCUACAAAAUUGCUAGAGAAAUGUAUGUAUAUUGUAAAGCCGGGCUUAAGACUGGCAUGUAGAUUUUAUUGGCGUAAAGAAGGCUGGUACAAAAUGCAAAAUGUGAAAAAAAUUUUAAUGGGCAAGGCGAACAAUGAAGAAUCAGGGAUAUUGGAUGACUCAGAAUUGUUAAUUGUUCUAAAAUCUUUAACAGAUAGUGCAUUAAUUAUUCCAAGUACAGAUGCUAGCAGUCUAAUGACAUUUGAUGAUUACGCAGUUGUCUUAUGUGGAAAUGACCUAAUACAAAUUUGUAAAGAACUAAAAUUAAAGAAUGUAACUAAUAAGAAAUGUGCCAUAGACACUCUUAAGAGUUAUAGCAAGCGAAAAUCAAUUAAAAAUUUUUGUACUGGAGGAUCUGAAGAUAAUUCCAGAAGAGUAUUAAAAAUGUAACGUUUACAGUAAUAUUAAUAAGCUGUUUUUAAAUUCUUGUUUUAAUCAGUUUAAUUUCACUUUUUCAGAAUGGCUGAUAAGGCUGGGCUUUGUUACAGACUAUCAGAUUUAGCACGAAGUACAUUUCAUAAGUUGUAUAUACUUAUGUAUCUAGGGAUAGAUUACACACUUAUACGUGAAAAAAAAUUAGAGCUCACAUUGCUUUAUGAUAAAACUAAAAAAGAGACCUAUCCGAUUGACAGUAAUGUACAUUUAGAUAGUCCCAGUGUUGUUUUUGAGAGUAAUGAAGAAUUUGAGAGAUAUGUUAAAGUACUUACAGUGUAUGAAGAUUUUUUGCAAGAAACCGAUGUUUACAAAAAAUGUGAUACCAUCAAAAAUGUAUAUAAAGAUUAUAAAAGUUAUAAUGCUGAGGACAUGUUAAAGUAAAUAUUGUUUACUAAUUACUCAAUUUAUAAAGAAUACUAACUUAUACUUUUUAAGCAAAGUCAAUUGAAGUAUGAUACAACCUCUUAGUAAAUUGACUUAACAUUAUUCAAUAUACUGCAUUCCUACAAAGGAUAAUGUUUAAUAAACAUAAUUUCAAGGUGUUGCCAUCUGUGAGGUUCCAGGUUUGAUUCUUGGUCAGGUCAAUGUAGAAAAAUGAUAUUUUCUACAUUGGAUCGGUUCUUGGUAUUAUGUUACCUUUGUUGAAUCAGCUUCCCAUAAUUUAUUUUUAUGUGUAACUAAAUGUGAGUAGCCAUUUAUCUAGAAUAAAAAGUUUUGUUAUGGAUAUCUAACACUGUUUAUUUUGUUGUACAAAUAUGGU